AUGGGCAGAGGUGGUGCCAUCUACCUCAGCUAUACCGCUCUGGUGCUCCUUUGCGCAGUUUCCGAGACAAGCGCUGGUCUUUGGGACGUGGACAUCGAUAACGGACCGGCUCCUUCGCCUGAAGACGGGCCACCAUUCUCUGCGCACGCCAGUCGAGAUCGAGCCCUGCUUCCAUACCAGAUCAUAGGCGUCGUUGCCUCCUAUCUCGGGACCGUACUCAUCGUCGGCACUCUUCUCUUCACCGUAGGGAGAAGGGCCCGCAGACACGCCUUGACCAUGGCGGACAAGCCAACCGAGAUGAUCAAACCGAUGGCGAGGGCCUUCGAUGAAUCAGUCAAGAGCCCGGCGAGUCAGCGAAGUCUACGCAACAUUUUCAAGAGCAAGAGCGGUAGCGUGAGGAGCAAGGCUAGUAACAUUGGCUCACCAGGCGGGGCCAGCGUAGCAAGUUUCGAUCAGGAAGCGGUCAAACAGCAUCAACAACGCCUGAAUGAGGAUAUGGCGAAUAUCUAUGGCCAAGUGUAUGCGUACGACGAGUCGAAGGAGCCACAAUCGGUGACUUCGGAGAUCCAACCAGCCUCGCCUCAAUAUGCGCGAGCGAGUGAAGGUCGCAAUGCGCUGCAACGUGUACAGUCCACCGAUUCAUAUCCACAGAGCCCAAUGACCCCAAUGUCACCCUCGUAUCAAGCUAUUUAUCCUCCAGCAGAGCUCCGGACCCUGCCGCAAUACCCGCUCAGCCCAACAAGAGGAAACUAUACAUCGCCGCAAUUGUCUCCUGGCCUGCCUCGUUCUCCUAUCAGACCCAGCCGCACGGCGUCCUUUGGCAGCACCAACACUACAGGGUCGUACAAAAGCUCUCCCAGCAAAGCACGCAAAGCUCUCAACAAGCUCGAGAUCAGCUUGCCCAUCCAAAAGCGAAAAGACGACGACAACAGUGACGGGGCACGAACACCCUUGUCUCCUCGCUUCUACGCCGAUCCUGGGAUUCCACCCGAGCCUCCAACUGCGCGCACGAUGGGGAGCGACUAUCCGCCCACCACGCCUGGAACCGGCCGAACCAUUCCAUAUCCCGAAGACCGCGACUACGAGGACGAAGAACGAGACCAAGUCCGAGCUUUCCCACCGCAGAGUCCGCAACGCCGAAACCACUACCACAACCUUCCGCAAAUCGUCACAGACGUAGCUUCCACACGCCCCGAUCCAACGAAAACCACGCCUCAAAACCGCCGCGGCAAUGCGACAAACCUCGGCGGGACUCUCGCUUUUCGCGCCCAACGGGAACAACAGCGAGCAUACCCCAUGUCACCGGGUCGAUACCCACAAUCCGCUGGCCCGACCAAGACGACUUUUGUCGAAGCCCGGAGGGAAUUCCUAGGCAUGCCGUUGACUGCGACCGGCAAGGAACCUUACAGCCCUUACAUGCUUCGCUAUGAUGCACCGACACCCGUGACGCCGCACAUGCUCACGAGGGACGAACGCAAGCAGAGACAGAAAGAAGAGAGAGCUACGAAAGGAGCGGCCAUCGAGGAGGAAGAUCUCGUGGCUGAUGAGAAAGAUCUCUGGUCCAGUGGAUAUUAG